AUUAAUACUGAACAUUCGGAUAAUUCCAUUUAAAGUUGGAAUUAGUUAUUGUGGGAGGUGAAUUUUCAAGGGUGAAUUGUUGACUAAUCGCCAUCGCAGAUAUUUAAACGAUGAUGAAAUUGGCAUUUGAUAGUGAGUCAAAUGUAACCUGUCAGAAAAAUUCUACUUGCAUAUUUCUUUGUUAUGCAGAACCAGUUGUUCUCAGUGGUAUCAUAUUAACAUUUAUAGGUUUACUUAUUGGAUUAGCAAUCAUAUUGAUUAAGAAACUACAUUCCACAUCCAUAAUGAACAGUAUCUUCAUGGUUAUAACGUUCAUAAUUUUGAUCAUCGGCGUUGGAUUACUAAAUUUACAUACAAAAGGGUAUGAAAUAAUUAUUUCUGUAACUGUGGAUACCGCGUUGGCCAGCUUAGCGAUUUUAUUGGGUGUAAAGCUACGAGUUCGAGAAAGAAAAUUGGAGUUAAUCUUGUUCUCGGUAUGGUGUGUGUUUGGGGGAAUCGGAAUCAUUUUUAUGAGGGCACUUCGCAACCAUUAUGUACUAGAUACAUCCUGGAUAAGUUGGUGGUGUGCAAUUUUAAUUAACAACCGUCCAUUGACGAUCUCGUGCGCGAACUAUUAUUAUACUACGAUAAUAUCCACCAAAAUCCCUUCUGAUACUAAUAAAUUUAUCAUAUAUGUUUUGAUUAUUACAGGUGAUUGUAUACACAGCAUAUUAUUUGUGUAGAUCCGGUAAAGAAGAACAGUCCCGUGUUAUGUUCAUUAUUUUCUUAUGAUCUUAUGAAUACAUCGCCCUAAUUGUCGUUUCACAAUUUAGUUUAAAUUCAUUCAUCGAUUGUCAUUGGAACAGUGGGAAUACUGAAUGAGACAAUGAUUGAUCAUGAUGAAUAGAUGCUAUUCCAUUGAAUGUUUUCAUAUGUUUGAAGAUUAUUGUAAAUGGCUUUGUUAUUUACAAUAGAUGUUCUGUUAAAU